CAAAAAACUUGUCAUCUGUUUAGUGUCAAGUUUCUGUCAUGUCAAUAUUUAUCAUAAAUUAUUGUAUUUUGCUGCAAGAAUCCAAGUUCCUGGUUCAAUUCCUGGAAUUAAUCAAGUAAAAGUUAGGACCCACCAUGUGACAGUUGUAUAAAUAAAUUAUAAUGGAUCUAAAGCACCGUUUUUACCUCAAAAUAUUGUCGAGUCAUAGUGAUGAACAACGGACGUUUUAUACAGAAAAUAAUGUGAAACCUUAAAUUUAAGAAUGCAAGCCAAGAAGAAAUACCUCCUUUUGGUAUUUGUUUCAUGUGCUUUCCUGGCUUAUUGCUAUUUUGGUGGAUACAGAUUGAAAAGUAGCUAUGUAUUUCCAGAAGAGGAGUUUGAAAGAUUUGUUGACUUCAACAGUUUGCAAGGACUAACAGGAGGUGUUGGAGGUGCCAGACUGAAAGGGAGAAUCAACUCUAAUAAUGCCGAAUUGUGUAGAAUGGAAACAUGCUUCGAUUUUAGCCGAUGUCAGGGUUCAUUUAAGGUGUACGUUUACCCUACAGAAGAAGGUACUACACCUAGUAGUUCCUAUCAAAAGUUACUAAACGUGAUUACAGAAUCGCGUUAUUAUACUGCUGACCCAAAGGACGCGUGUCUAUUUGUACUUAGUAUGGAUACACUAGACAGGGACAGGUUGAGUUCCGAUUAUGCUAGGAAUCUUCAAACUAGGUUACAUCGGCUACCUCAUUGGAAUAAUGGUUUGAACCACGUUAUAUUCAAUUUAUACUCAGGAACAUGGCCUAAUUAUACCGAGCAUAGUCUGGAUUUCGACUUUGGAUUGGCCAUAUUAGCCAAAGCAAGUAUGUCCAAGAGUCAUGUGCGAACAGGUUUUGAUGUCAGUUUUCCACUGUUUCACAAAGGUCAUCCUGAAAAGGGAGGUGAACCCGGUUCGGUAACUUCUAACUCGUUUCCACUCCAAAAAAGUUACCUUUUAGCUUUCAAAGGAAAAAGGUAUGUGCAUGGUAUAGGUUCAGACACAAGAAAUUCUCUGCAUCAUUUGCAUAAUGCCAGAGAUAUGAUUAUGGUAACGACAUGUAGACAUGGCAAAAGUUGGCGCGACAUGCAAGAUGAAAGAUGCGAUCAAGAUAACAAAGACUAUGACAAAUACGACUACAACAUCCUCCUGCAUAAUUCUACAUUUUGCUUGGUUCCUCGUGGUAGGAGGCUGGGCUCCUAUAGAUUCUUGGAAGCACUUCAAGCGGGUUGUAUACCUGUUUUACUUUCUAAUGACUGGGCAUUGCCCUUUGACGAAGUAAUCGACUGGACUCAAGCUGUAAUUUGGGCAGAUGAAAGGCUUUUACUUCAAGUACCUUCGGUUAUUCGUUCAGUAACUCCAGACAGAAUAUUGAAGCUUAGGCAGCAGAGUCAAAUUAUUUGGGAGAAAUACUUCUCAUCUAUAGAAAAAAUUGUUUAUACUAGUUUGGAGAUUAUCAGAGAGAGGCUUCCAGAACAGCUGGUGAGGGAUGGAUCAAUUUGGAAUAACUUGCCUGGAGCUUUACUCACCCUCACAACGUUUUCGGAUGUUUGCGAUGAUUUUCCGUCAGCGACGUCUGUAGAAAAUGCUUUUACUGCUGUUAUAUACUGCCAAAUGGGUUCAGCUCCGAUGCCUUCAAAUUCAUUACAUCGUUUAGUGGCUAAUGUAGCGAAAAGCCAUUACAUAUCAAGUAUAGUCAUAGUAUGGGCUAGUGAAAAAAGAACUCCAAGUCGUUCCAGAUGGCCUGUUUUGCCAUCCAAUGUUUCAUUUCAUAUAGUGCAAGCAUCUGCAGAUGAGAGUAUCUCUCAACGCUUCAGACCAUUGGCUGAAAUCAAAACGGCUGCUGUGUUAUCUCUAGAUGAAGAUUCUGUACUUACUACAGAUGAAAUAGAUUUUGCUUUCCUGGUAUGGCAAAGGUUUCCCGAUCGUAUUGUAGGUUAUCCAGCCAGAUCGCAUUACUGGGACGAUUCGAAAGCGACAUGGGGAUACACAUCCAAAUGGACUAAUGACUAUUCUAUAGUGCUAACAGGUGCGGCUUUUUAUCAUAAAUAUUAUAACGUUUUGUAUACUGAAUGGUUGAGUCCUUUACUUCAUAAAACUGUUGAGCAGAGUCAAAAUUGUGAAGAUAUUUUAAUGAAUUUCUUGGUUAGUCAUAUUACUCGGCGCCCUCCAAUAAAAGUUACACAACGUAAGCAAUAUAAAGAGCAACCAAUUUCUGGUAGCCGUUCCCCAUGGAACGAUCCAGAUCAUUUUGUACAGAGACAGACUUGUCUGAACACUUUUGCAGCUGUCUUCGGUUAUAUGCCAUUGUUACGUUCUAACUUACGGUUAGAUCCUGUCUUAUUCAAAGAUCCAGUAUCUAACAAACGAAAAAAAUAUAGACGGAUUGAGUUAGUUGGCAAUUAAUGGUUUGGGGAGUUUUUAUACUGUUUGUACUUUUCAUAUCACACUGUUGAUGAGUUAGGUCUGAUUUUAAUACAACAUUUCUGUUUCAAACAGUUUUCAUACAAUAAUUGUAUUCUGCUUUUUUUACUCUGGAGUUUUAUCUGUGUAACAUUCAUGAUAUCCGUUGAUAAUAGUGAUUUUUAAUUCAACAUUAACAACAUUCUUCUCCCCGGGAGGACAUCUUGAAAUGUUUUUUAGGCUGUACAUAUUUUCUUAUAGUUUACUGUAGAUUGUUUAUAUUCAAAUAUUAAUUAUAUUAAUUUUUAUAUAUUGGAAUCCAAAUUUUUACAUCUCUUCAUCAAUAAUUUUGUUACAUUUUCUGAAAAUGCAAACGUUUUAUAUCGAAUACCAGUCACAAUUGUUUAGCAAAGAAAUUACGAAUGAGUCAUUUUGUAAAAUAGUCAAUGUGAGAAGUCUGAUGUAAAUGGUUAUAUUUAUAUUAUAUAUAUAUAUAUAUAUAUGUAAAUUAAAAGUCAAUAUGAAUUAUAUCACCAAAAAUUUAUAAUUUAUGUACUGAUUUUUAUUGA